GCAAAAGUUUCUCAAAGGUUAAGCAAUGCAAAAAAAGCUGUCAGCAAACCUGCCGGUCUGCAAAGUCAUGAAGAUCUUGUGCGAAGGCUUCAGGAGGAAUUGAACAAGAAUCGUAAGUCGGGUUCAAAUUCUGAUGAGUCUUGGAAGCCAAUGAGGGAAGUAGCAUGUCCCAUCUGCACAGUCCACCUUCAGGUGCAAGUUCCUGCCUCAGGCUCCCAAACAAUCGAAUGUGGUGUCUGUCAACACCCUUUCUUGGUCAGUGCUGAUUGAUAUCUGAUUUCGCCUUGCCAUGCCAUUGCAAUUUCUAUCCUCCUAUAAUUCUCUUUGACAAGCAGUAGCAUCGCACAUGCUCUCUGCGGUCACCUUGGUUGUAUACCCAAGUUGCCUGCAUUUUUGUAAGUGAACUUUCGUAAGCAUUCACCUCAUAAAAGGUCAAGUGUGGAAGCUAUGUUUUCCGAGAGUAGUGUGAAGAUGAAAACCAGGAACUAGAUGAGCGAAUAAAUAGUAAUGCUUGUAAUGACUGUUGGUGU